AUGAUCUUGGCGCAUCAAACGGGUUAUAGUCCUUGCUCACCGCAAGAAACCGCGGUCUCCAACGAAAUUAAUUCAGGAUCCAUGGCAUUUCACAACUACAACAACAACAACAAUCAAGUGGCACCACCAUCGUCAUCCAUGGUUAUGGACACAUCUUCUGUUGCGGCAUCAACAACACCCAUGAUGUAUAACAGCUACCAACAACCACGCCAACGUACUGCAUCAUCAGGUGGUUUCCCCACAGGUAUCCCAACGAUGUACAAUCCCACCAACUCGGUUUACUAUUAUGACGAUGUGGUGCCUGCUAUGCCUUUGCACCACCAUCAGCACCAACAACCUGCCUUUUUCAGCGAGGAACAACGAUCACACCACCAGCACUCUUCAACCUCGUCACUCAUGUUCCAAGCCAUCCUUCAAGCACCAACAGCUAUUAGCCAAAAGACUGAAGACCUCGCCACAACCUACCUUAACCGAGGACAGUGGUACGUGAUCGAAUUAAGGGAUACAAGGCAACAACAACAACAAGGCACCACCGUCACCAGCACAGUGGCUAUCAUGUUUCACGAGCCAUCGCAUCGUCGUGUGGCUGACAACUAUUGGAAAUUUUGGCUCACGCAACAAAAGGAACCCCAUCAGGCACGAGCCAUCGACCUUGACGACGUGAAAUCAAUGGGUAUCAGCAAUGUACAAUAUCCAGCGUUUGACCGUAUCACGUUUGAUUGGCAAGGCAGUGCAAGGAUUUAUGUUUGCUUCAAUUGCUUAUCCACGGAUUUCUCAAGAAUCAAAGGAGUCAAGGGUAUCCCAUUACGAGUAUCGCUACAAAAUUACACGGCAAAGUAUCAGCAUUAUGAACGUUCUCUUUGCAAAAUCAAACUUUUUCGUGACAAGGGAGCUGAACGCAAGAGUAAAGAUGACGCAAAGCAAAUGGGAAAGCAAAUUGAGCGAAUGCCUGGAAGCCACAUCAUGUACAAUCAGCCCAUGCCCUACAGCCCAUUUACAAUGGACGCCAUGCCGCAUAUAAACGAACCUCCUGCUAUGUUGCCACAGCAACGAUUCCAUGAACACCCCGCAGCAGCAGCCGAUACGGCCUUGAUGGCAUUUCAAAGGCACAGCCGUACAAUGACAGCACCGCCUACUACUACCAUGCAUCCCCACCAUCCAUACCAACAUCACGUGGAUCCACCCAUGUCUGCAUCAUCUGUAUCGCCAUCCACUUCUCCACCAGCAAUGUUGCUUGAAAAGAGUUGGCCUGACUUGGCGCAUGACUUUUUGUCCUACCAAGCUGUGGCACCUCCACCUCCUCCACCACCCCAUCCUUCAUCACCAUCCACAUUAACAACAUCGACACCAUCCACUGCUGCAGCAGAUGUUCAUUCAUCAUCAUUGUAUCCACUCACAACAACAACGCCUCAAAAAUGUGCUAGUCCUCCUACUUUUAUGAAUGAUACAAAGCGACAACAACAACAACAGCCAGUGCGCACGCUCUAUGUUCAAGUAUCCAAAGAUGCUUCAUUUAAGGCCGUUGAAUUGCAAGAAAUGACUGCACAGGAACUUACUCUCAGGCUAUGCAAAGCCAUGUCAUUGUGUACUGAUUCGGUUUCCGAAGUCGUAUGGCGACGUAAAGAAGGCAAUCAAUUAUUGGUGCUUGUGGAUGAUGCAGUGGUCAACUAUCAAUUCUACGACAAUCUGAAGCUGUUUGCUGGAUAUCAGCUCAAAUCAGAUGGCACAGCACGCAUCAUCCUUGAUUAUUAA